CUCCAAACGAUCUCCACGGGAAGGAUGCAAUCCAUCUACAUAUAUAUGGUGUCUUAACUUAGGAUGUAGUUAGUUGAAACUGACAGGACUAUUCCACGUUUAGAAGUGGGUCUGUUUGGCUUGAUAUUACCCUUGAAGUUUCUCUAUUGCCCCUAUUUAUCUCGAAACUACCUAACAUAUAUCAUAAUCUCUGAGUUUAAUAAUGGCAUCCGCAGAUAUUAGCAAAAAACUCAAUGGCCGUCUUGCAGCUGUCUCCGAGGGUCACUGGGUUGACCCGACUGCAGAAGUUAGUCCCAUAAAUGGAUUACCUUUCUAUAAGCCAACACCUGCCGAUAUUACUAUAAACAACCACAAAGAUGGUGACAAGGCCAAGAUUUUGUUCAAGAAUGUCAACAUCUUCGACUCCACUGGCGCGGACCCCUAUCUAGGUGAUGUUCUUAUCGAAGGGGAAAGAAUCAAGGCAGUUGGAAAGGUUGAUGCAACCCCUGAUUCCGACACCUUAGUUGUCGACGGAAAGGGCAAGAAGACCCUCAUGUCCGGUCUUGUCGACUCCCAUACCCACUUCAGCUGGAACAAUUCGCCGACUUUGGACGGAUUGACCAGAACGCCACUGGAAGAGCAUGUGAUACAGACAGCACAGUCGGCAAAGACAUACCUGGACUAUGGAUACACGAUGUGUUUUGGAGCGGCUUCCGCACGACCCCGUCUAGAUAUUGUUGUCAAGCAGGCCAUCAAAUCCGGCCUGAUCCCAGGUCCUCGCUCCCUAGCCAAUUGUCAGGAGAUAACGACGACGGGUGGUGCGAUCAUCCCAAGUAUCAGUCAAUUCGCAGAUGGCCCUGACGCCAUGCGCCAGGUCGUGCGCAAAUGUAUCGAACUUGGCGCCGACAAUAUUAAGCUGAGUAUGACAGGAGACUACGUGCAUGAGACUAUGGGGAGCGAGGAGACCUACUAUACUCUAGCUGAGACCAAGGCGGCUGUUGAAGAGGCCCAUCAUAGGGGCAAGCGUGUAUGCACUCAUGCUCGGUCCGCAGCUUCAGUGAAAUUGUCUUGUCUAGCUGGCGUCGACAUGAUCUACCACGCCAGCUACGUCGACGCAGAAGGGCUCGAUAUGCUCGAAGCGCUCAAGGACAGGGUGUACGUAGCGCCGGCUAUCAACUUUCCCGUGCUUAGCUGCACAGGUGAGGCAAUUCCCUACGGUCUCACGCCCGAGAUGGCCAAGAAAAGGGGCUUAGUCCACGAAGUCGAAGCUGCCAACAAAGCUAUGAAGGAGCUCAAGAGACGCGGCGUUAAGAUCCUUCCUGGAGGUGAUUACGGGUUUGCUUGGGCGCCCCACGGAACCUACGCAAAGGACCUUGCCCACUUUGUCAACCUAUUCGGGUAUACGCCUAAGGAGUCUCUUAUCGCCGCAACAGCCCUAGGAGGAGAGCUUAUGGGCUACCCAGACGACUUGGGGAAGGUAUUGCCUGGAUACUACGCUGAUGUUAUUCUAGUUGACGGGAACCCGUUGGAGGAUAUCGAACUCUUCCAGGACGCUUCCAGACUGCACACUAUCGUGAUAAACGGACACGUCCACAAAAAUGUGAUCGACAUUGAGAAUGGUCCACAGGGCAUCGUGAUAGGUAGCACUCCGAAUAAAUCCGGAGUUGGUUCCAACUUAGCCAUUUAAAGGAACUAGGAGUAAUAGGAUCUUGACGCAUAGGGCACUAUGGUUGAUAUAUAUAAUUUAGUUUGAGCCCUACACACUAAAUUGGAAUCUUACUAGGGCCUUUAAAAGGCUGUUAUUCAAAUAUAUUCAUGGGUGAUCAUUGUUCAAGAGACUUGUAUACUAUUAAUUCAAAAAUGUGAUGUUGGA